GUUUAUCUACACCGGAACCGGAAGUGUUUAUGUAACGUUUUGGACUUCAGCCGUUAACCAGCUGUACCGCCCGUUAAAGUUAGUAUUUUCUCUCUUUGCAACGAGCGUUUAAUUGAAUGAACGCCAACCGCAUAUUUUAAAGCCACAAACAGAAGGAUUGUAUUUCCCGGGAUAACGUUAGCUAACGUUUAACGUCUCUUCAGGCAUUGUUUGUGCAUAGAUUCCAACGUCAUCAAGCUUGGACGUGUAAAAUACAGCCGACGAUACGAAAUCGAGGAAUGUUCAAAGUGAUGUCGGCUCCGAGUGAGUGAUCGUCGCGCGCCGGGAGUGGACGACGUGAUGAUGUCUGAGUUUAGGGUCAACGUGCAUGAACCGGAAGUGGGGAAGAACGGUGACCAGGGCGGACCGUCUCCUGACCCCGUGAAAUCUCCCGGUAUUGAAGCUUCUGUACCCGACCUGCGAGGUCUUCCGCCUGCUGGUCUCCCAUCAUCUGCAGACAUUAGCCCCUCUGCUGAGGCCAGUGGCUUGUUGUCGUUGCCAUGGGAAAUGGUCACGCAAAUUGCCUCACACCUUCCUGCUCAGUGUGUCAUCACUGUGCUGCCAAAGGUCUGUCAUGCAUUGGGUAAUGUGGGUAAGGACAUCACUGCUUGGCAGCUUCGGGCACACAGACUGAUAGGAUCAAGAAUUGGUUUCCCAGUUGGGCCCAAGGAGAACUUUGACUGGCCGUCUGCUUGCCUGGAGAUGGAGCAGCUCAUAACCUGCUGGACAGGCCAAGCGCAAGUUGUUGCCAUACAGACCAAAGAGGAUGAGGAGGCAAGGGAAAAAGUGAGACUGCAGGAAAGGGCGGGGCUUUACGAGGAGCCCCUUGCAGGGGGACAGGAAGAUGGUAGAGAGGGUGGGGUAGAACGGGUGGGAGUGGUAGCGCAGGAGGCUGCGAAUGGCGCCGACGAAGGAAUGGAUUUGGCAAUGGAAGGUGAGGAUGACGACACGCAGCCUAAUGUAGGCGGGGACCAACUGGCAAGAUUAAGAGAGGGGUUGGAAGGAAGAGGGAUUGAUGAUGCAGAUGCCCUAAUGGAAGAAGAAAGGGACCACAUGAUGGUAUUUGGGGCUAAUGAAGGGCAAGAUGGUGCUGUACAUCACCAAGCAAACCCCAGGAAUAGGGGAAAUGCAAGACAAUUAGAAAUGGAGGAACGUCAACCCCUCAGAAGCCCGAGCCCGACCCCAGCGCUGGAGUGCAUCACCCUUCCUUCAGACCACAUUGCCCCGGUCAACUCGGUCCUCCUCGUUGGUGGAGAGGGGGCAGUUUGUGCCACAGGCUCUCGAGACUGGAACGUCAAACUGUGGGAUCUACAGACGAGCGCUGGCGGCACACUGCUGCACACGUUGGGAGGACGGGGGGACUUCAGCACUCAUCGGGGCUGGGUCUGGUGCCUGGCAUCUCAGGGCCCGCUGUUGGCUUCGGGGGGCUUCGACAGCACGGUGAGGCUGUGGGACCUACAGGCUGGUGGGGCCGAGAGAGGCCUGAUCAAGUCCGGGGCCGCCGUCCACUGCUUGUCCUUUCAGACCGACGUAUUGCUGGCUGGAACGUUUGACCGAAGGAUCAGCAUGUAUGACACCAGAGCUGCUGAACCCCUGGUGAAAAGCCUCCGUCUCCACGGUAACGCCGUAAUGUGCCUCGCUGCGGAUGACAAGUACAUCAUCUCUGGGAGUAAAGACUGCACCGUGGUGGUCUACGACCGGAGGGCAGCCAAGGGCUUGAAGAAAAUCCGGCUGAGCUCAUAUCUGCUGUCUAUGAGCUACAGUGGUUCUGAAGUGUGGGGGGGAGACAACAGCGGCAUGCUCCACUCCUUUUCAAUGCAGGCGGGGACUUUGAAGCCUCUGUCCCAGUUUGACGUGGGACACACGGCUCUGGUCACCGGCAUCCACCGGUCCGCUGGAAGCCUCUACACCGGCUCGUCCGACCGCACUGUCAAGGUACAUAUCCCUUGUGCUCCUCCGAGGACACUUUGCACGCUGCGUCACCUUGCAGGAGUUAAUGGGCUGAGUGUGGAGGCUGGAGUCCUUGCCGUAGCUCCAGGGGACGUGAACGUGGAUAUCUGGCGGCCCAGAAAAUGAAAGACCAAGACCUGAAGCAUUUGGAAGUACAAAAAAAAACACUUUGCAGGCUGUCCAACUGCAAAAAGACACAGUUGAGUCUUAUGUGUUACAACUGGACAAAAAACUGCUUUUAUUUUCUGCACUAACAAACCAUUGCAUCUGUAAAAAUCCUUAUUAUAUUUAGGUUGUGAUGUUGCAAAAUUCCUGAUAGAGGUGAAGCGCUAAGAUUCAGGUCUCCUGUGAAGGCUCAGCAAAAAGCCCUCAAGCCUUUUGUUUUUUUUAAUACCAUGUUAGAUCGUGUUAAGAUAUUCCUUUACAAACAUAAAGAACCCAUAAUUAAACACAGUAAAUGUGUUUAGCGGAAACUUUCUCUCAUAUCAAGAUACAGGUUUGAAAACGUUUGUUCCUUCUCUUUUAAUUGUCCAAACAGUGUGGAAAAUAGUUUACAGCAAUUACAUGCUUGCAAAUUCACUGACAUUGGCUACUGACAUUGUACUUAAGGCAUUACUUACUUUAUGUAGUAAAAUACUUGUAUCUGAACCCUGUGUGGCACACCAAUUGUAACUAAAGCUGUUUAUUUGAACACA